GAGGGCCCUCGCGCCGGUGCCUGGACGGUAUCUGGCUGCGGGAGGCCUCGGGCGACCACGUGGUGAUCGAGGGGGGCGUGGUGACGUGGCCAGACGGAGGCACCACCCCGCUGGGGGCGCAGCGGCCCGACGGCCGCUCCAGCAUCGAGCUCAGGGGCCAGGCUUUCACGGCCAGGCUCGAGCCCACGAUCUCGCAGCUCGUCUCGAGCGAGGGCGACGCGUGGACGCGCGUGCUGGACACCACGGGCAGGCAGCCGGAGCCGCCCCCGGAGGUCGGCAGCCCGGUCAAGUUCAGGGGCUUCGCCGGCUGCACCAUCAAGCAGGUGCUGGGCAGGCGGAAGGUGCUGAUCCACAUCCCGGGCGUGGGGGACCAGGAGGCCACCCUGGGGGAGUACAGCCUGUCCGGCGCGGGGGUGCACUCCAGCGCCGACGGAAGUUCGGGGAGCACGCAGUUGGCGAAGCUGCAGCGGCUCAGCAAGGACCGACUCAGCUUCAACGGAGGAGUGCCAAGCUGGAGCAGGCCGACCUGUAUGGGAGAUCUGCGCAGUUCUUUGGAGCACCAGUUCGCUAAAAGCAGUAUCGAACGACUCCGUUAG